UUUAAAAUGGCGGACGAAGUGGAAAAAGAAGUAGAAACUACACGAUGUGCAUUUUUCAUGAAAAGAAAAAAUCGGUUUUGUAAAAUGAUUGUCGGUAAAGGCAAGAAGUAUUGUGGUGAGCAUUCCCACCUUGGCGGAGAAGACAAGGCUUCUGGUCGUACUAGAAUACCUUGUCCAUUAGACCCAAAACACACAGUUUUUGAAGAUCAACUACAGAAGCACCUGAAGUGCUGUAACGUAACCAAAAAAAUAGAUGUGGCUUAUUAUCAAAAGAACAUUAAUUCUGGUAUACCAAAUUACCAAUUAUCUGACAAUGAAAAGGUUUCCUUAGUUGAUGUAUCACUUGAAAAAGUUCAAGAAAUAAUCGAUAAAGUAAAAACAGCAAACAAAGAGCAUUGUCCAAAGAUUAAAGAAGAGAUCUUAUCCCACACUGUUUUUAAAGAUGAACUUGACAAUGAUGAUUAUGGCAUAUCGGCACUGAAACACCUGAAACAACAGGCAUCUCUAGUUGGUCACUUACAAAAGCUCAACCUUCUUAACUCUGAUACUGUUUAUCUUGAAUUUGGAGCCGGAAGAGGCAAAUUAUCUCACUGGAUUCAACUCGCUCUCCCAAAUACAAACAAUACAGAUUUUGUGUUAAUUGACAGAGCAAGCAAAAGACACAAGUUUGAUUCUUGUCACAAGCGCAGUGGACAAGGGCCAAACUUUAAAAGACUUAAUGUUGAUAUAGAACAUCUUAACUUAGGUAAAGUAGAAUGUGUUUGUGAAGGAUCAAGAGACAUUGUUGCAGCCAGUAAACAUUUGUGUGGAACAGCAACUGAUUUAACCCUAAGAUGUCUGUUUGAAACAAUUGAUAAACAAACUUCCUUGUGGAAAGAAAAAGCAGAGGAGGAGAAGUCCAAUGAAGAGUUGGUUGAGAACAGUAAAUGCAAAAGAUUAAAGACCUCACAACACGUGAAGGGCAUUGUAGUAGCAUUAUGCUGUCAUCAUCAGUGUUACUGGCCUCAUUAUGUUGGUAGACCAUUUCUUGAAAAGUUGGGUUUUACACCAUCAGACUUCCAUGUUGUCUGUAAUAUGACAAGCUGGGCUACCUGUGGUAUCAGGCCAACAAAGGGAGACAAUACCUCAGUCGAUAAAGGAAGUGAAGACUUUGAACACAAUAACCCCAAGAAUAAUGAGACUGAUGGGGAUAAGGAAGCUACAAACACUGGCCAUAGGGCUUUAGGUCUUAGUAUAGCUGAAAGGGAAGACAUAGGACGUCAGUGCAAGAGGCUGAUUGACAUAGGUAGAAUAUGGUACUUAAACACUAAUGGAAUGACAACAAACUUAUCUUACUAUGUGGACCAAUCUACGUCAUUAGAAAAUGUAGUUUUAUUGGCCACAGCAGAAAGAUGACAGGGGCGGAUCCAGGAAUUUGAUCAGGGAGGGGUGCUGUGCACAAAGUUAACCCAAGGAGGGGGUGCACCCCUUAGAAUCAAAGGGAAAAAACAUUUUGUAUUGGUUAUCUUUGAAGUAGGGGCACAAAGUUGAACCAAGGAGGGGUGUGCACCCCCUGCAUCCCUACCCUGGAUCUGCCACUGGAUGAUACUAUAGGGAUGGGGUAGGGAUGGACAGUAUUCCACAGAGGGAGUAGAAUAAGGAAUCUUACUAUUGAGACCAAUCUUUGCCAUCAGAAAAUGUUGUUCUAUAGACCAAGGUUUCUAAUUCUCAGGAGAUUGACAUUCUUUUGUUUUUUCCUCCAAAUUGAGUUCCUUUGACGUCACAUGCAAGGGGUCUAUUGGCCACAGCAGAAAAAUGAUACUAUGGGGGGAGGGUAGGGAUGGACAAUA